AUGAAACUCUCUACUUCUUCCCUCCUCUCUCUUGUUCUCUUUACCAUAGAAGCCCUAUCCCAGCCGACUGAGAAGUCGUUUAACAUCUCAGAUUUGCUCAAUACCGACCUUUCACCCGAGAAGUACUUCCGCUCUCUCCCUGACCCUCAAGACCAGGGACUUACCAAACGCCAAUACUCUCGCAACACAUACAACCAACUCACCGAUGGCACCCCAUGCCGUCCCGUCACUGUCAUCUAUGCCCGUGGGACAGGUCAAGACGGCAAUGUCGGAGACCCAGCAGCAGUUGGUCCUUUAUUCUUCAACAACCUUGCUAGUCGCAUCGGAGGGACAAGCCAGCUCGCAAUCCAGGGCGUAACCUACCCUGCGAACGUCCCUGGUUUCUUUGCGGGUGGGGACGCAGCUGGCAGCACCGCUAUGGCGGGACACAUCUCCACUGCCGCGACCAGAUGUCCGUCUACCAAGAUUGUACUUGCUGGGUACAGUCAGGGUGCUCAGCUUGUGCACAACGCUGCACAGCGCACUUCUGCGGUGAAUGCUGCGAGAGUAGCUGCUGUGGUUGUGCUCGGUGAUCCCAAGCGUGGCCAAUCCUUUGGAAGCAUUCCAGCAUCGAGGACCCUGACGAUCUGCGAGCCUGGGGACAACAUCUGCGAGGGUGGUUUCAUAAUCACUGCUGCUCAUCUGAACUAUCAGCAGAAUGCGACAGAGGCGGCGGCUUUUGUUGCAGGAAGACUUUGA